UCCUCUGAACUCUCCAAUCACAGUGCAGCAGAGAAACACUCAGAAGGUGUACUUCCUAUUUCAGUGUGGGAGAGGAGCCCGUAGCGGGGGUAGAGGUGAAGAGGCCUGGACUACUGGAACAAUAACUGGGCAGCUGUUCUAAUCGCUUUGGAACUUACUUGAGAGUGGAGGAGAAAGCAAAGGUGGUCCUUAAAAAGCUGGCUUGAGCAGAGAUGUGUGUUCCUUUCCUCAAUACGCCAGAGUGGGAGCGAAAGUGAGGAGAAAGAGGGAGGAUCUGUAUAACUCUGUUCAGACUUGUUUGGGAAUUUGAGAAGAGAGGGAGGAGGGGAAGAAUCUUUGUCAGAGUGGAACGCAGUGGAGAACCUCUGGCAGUUGUUGUAAACAUUUGGACUUUGUCUUAGAAGACCAGACUGGCUUUAGAAGAAGGUGAUUGAAUCACCAUUAACAGUCAAGAAUUUAUCUCACUCCCAACAGUGAUUUACUCAGUGAGCACGCGCAGGUAUGUGGAGCGUUUGCAUGUUGUGUAAUCCUUGCUAGCUUCUCAGCAGGACAGAAGGAGUGGGACAGGGAGAAGACCGUCUCUCCAAGACACUUCUCAGGUUGUCAAAAUUAUGUUGCCAUGGGAACCAAACGUGCAAAUUGGACCAUCGAAGACCCUUCACAACUGUCACCCAGCCCAGCUACUCCUGACAGGAGCUAUCGGUCAAACGAGUGGAUAAGCCGCGAAGCAAGACCUCAAGCUGGUACGAAAAUCCGAGCCGAUCGAGACAGGGAAGGGGAAGUACGGAGAGCUAGAGAGAUGGACAGAAUUUUGGAAAAAGCAAAAGGGGGAAGGAGGGAGGAGGAGCAAGAAUUGAGAGAAAGAGAGAUGUUAACUGCAUUUAAAGCAAGGACAGGAGAAACAGAAUGGAGAGAAAGGGAGAGGAGGAGAGAUGAAGGCAGACAUUCAAAUGGAAGAAUUGCCUCAGUGCAGGAGUAUAGUGAUCACAGAGAAAGAGAAAGGGAGAAAGGAGACACUUUUCCCCGGACUGGGAGGCAAAGUAACGAAAGGGAAGGAAGAACCAGACUCUCAGUUGACCAGAGUAAUGAAAGACUGAUGGAGAGAGGUAUGGGAAGACUGAAGGAAUUAGACCAAAGUGAAAGUGAAAGAGAGAGAGAACGAGUCAAGAAGAGGGACAGAGACAUGCAGAGGUACAGAGAGACAGAGAGGCAAAGAGAGAAUGAGAGAGCAAGAAUAAGGGAAGUAAGUAAAAGGGACGGUGGAAGAAGACUAGAGAAGGAGGACUCAGACAGAAAGAGGGGUAGAGGGUGGGAUCUUGGAAGGAGGGAGAGAAGGGGAGAGAGAAAUGCAGAGGUCAAUGACCAGCAGAUCAUGAGGUUGAGAGAGGUAGACAGAGAACGAGAGAGAGACAGGCUAGGAUAUAGAGACAUAGAAAAGUGGCUUUAUUCCCUGCAAAGAGACAGAAUCAUGGAGGGAGAAAGUGGGAACCUUUCAGACAGAGAGCAGAGGGGCGAGAGGAACAGCGGAUGGAGGAGAGAGAGACACAGACACACAAAGAGCGAGGGAGACAGUGAUGGAGAGAAAGAAAGAGAAGUAAGAAGGAAAGAGACCUCAGAGCAUCUCAGAUAUGACCAAAGUAAGAGUGAGAGAGACAUUGAGAGAGAGAGGACCAGAGAAAGAUGGAGAGAAAGAGAGAGGUGCAGAGAGAUGGAGUGGCAGAGAGAAAGAGACAGGAACGUAGGUAGGGAAAGAGAAACAGAUAUGUUGGGAAAUAGAGAAAGGGAUAAAGAAUGGGUGAUAGAGCGACACAGAGAGAGAGACAUGAGAGACAGAGAUUGGGUGAGAGAAGAGAGAGGACCUGAAAGACAGAGGGGUGGAGUGAGAGACACUCAGGAUAGGAGAAGAGAGAGAGAAUCAAAUGAAAGAGCUCGGAGAGACCAGGAGAGAUAUACACAAGCACGUCCUUAUGCUUCUGAGAGAGUGAUGGAUGUGAAUCCAGAGAGGAGGGAGAUGGAGAGACGGAGGAGUUGGGAAGUUGGAGAGACAACAGAAAGUAGCCAAACACAGAGUGAAGCACAGAGGAAAGUGCAGGUGGAAGCCCAAAGCAGUGGAGAGUGGAUGUCAAGAAGUGAUGUAGAACAUGAACAAAGAAUGAGAGAAAGGAAAGACAGCUUUGAGGACAAGGAAAGAGAGAGCCAACCUGAGAGUGACAGGGAGAAAAAGAAGAAAAAGAUAAAUGAGGAAGGGCAGGAUGCAACAAGUGGGCAGGGGGCAGGAGAGGCAAGAGAGGGCUCUGAAAAAGAGGAAACAGAGACUGAAAGGGACAGAGACAGAGAGAAACCUGAGAGCAAACAGAGACAACAGAGGAAAAUGUGGCUGGAGCCUCGUUCAGGAAGAGUGAGAACAGAAUCACUAGAGGAAGAAUUCAGAGAAAGAGAGAGAGCCAGGGAGAGAUAUGCCCAGAGAUUUAAAGUAGGAAAUGCAUCAGGAGAAGAAGACGAGAUGUAUAACUUAAGGUAUGAAAGAGAGACAGAGGACAGAUACAGGCAACUAGAGAGUGCUGGAGAAUUCACGAGGGAUGUGGAUCAAGAGAAUGUAGAAGAAAGAAGAAAAGGGGAUGAAGGGAGGUUAGACACACCCUGGCAAAUGGAGACAGAAAAUGUUGGAGUUAACAUGGAGGGGACGGACAGAGAGGAAGAGAGGGGGAGUGGUAGAUCUGGUGACUCUGAAGGGGAAGAGGGAAGUGAGUGGGAGUUGAGAGGAGAAGGGAGGGAGAGAGUGACUUCAGCAGAUGAUGGUUUUGUGACUGUGUCCAGUGGAGGAGAUGAGGACGAGGCAGAGGAGGACAAGUUUGAGGACUGUAAAGAAUUCUGGGAUGGUGGAGUUAGAGAGGAUCUCACUAGGCAGUCACCCACAAGAACCCACCAGAGUGAGGGAGAGAUUGAAACCAAAAUGAUUGAAGAGAGAAGUGACCGCACUGUCACUGUCUUUUGUGUGGUUGGGCAAACUCUUCCCAGGUCAGGAUCUAACCAACUCCCACACCUGGACCCAAUGGAGCAGGAGGACGCCGGUCAGCACUCAGCUCAGGAGCUUGGUGGUGGCAGUGAUGUUGAUCAGGAUGUAGCACUGCCCAGAGACACUGAAGGUACUGAUGAGUCUGUAAAGGAGAGCUAUGACCUCACAUUGUCUGAAAAGGAGAUUACAAACAACCAUACCACUAAAGGGGAAAAAACAGAAUGUGAUGAGAUGAACAAGGAAGUUACAUCAGCGCAAAAUGUAGAGCUUACUGGCAGUGUGUGUGCAGAAAAAGAGAUUGAAUCACACCCACAAGAAUCCUCUGAAACAUUAGCCAACGCGGAGGAUCAGGAGUAUGCUCAGAAGAUAAUGACCGAUGAAGAAAGCAGAAAGAAGGAGGAGACACAUAACACAGAGGGGGAGAGAAAACGGUACUCUGCUGCCCCACAUGUCAAAUGGGCAAAGAAUGUGCUCAAAGAGAUCCUGGGUUCUUCCGAUGAUGGUGUCCUCAGCAUGCCUGAACCAGGCAUCCAAACUGAGCAGCCAAGUGAUAGAGCUCCUGCUGAGGCGGAAACUCAGGGAGAGUCUCCAGCUUCACCGCUCUAUGGUAUUGUCCAGAAACCCUGCAAGCACAGCAUUGAGAGAAAAUGCAUAGACCCUGAGUUGUUGCAAUGCAAACCAGAGGACACAGAGAGUGGCAGUCAACUGGACACACAAGGAAACAAAAUUCUCAUACAGGUUGAUAGGGAGUCUGAGACAGAAGAGGAGCUGGACCACCUGGAGCAGGACAAAGAAAUGCUGGAGGAAGAUACAGAUGAGGAAGAUAAUUAUGACAGGCUCCUGCCUAGUCCUGACCUACACAGUUUCUCCUCAGAGGGAGAAGCGGAGAAAGAGGGAAGCGGUAAAAAGGACAAGAAACAAAAGAAGAAAAAAACAGCAUGGGACUUUCUAAGCUCUAGCAGUUUCCGAGAUUUUGGGAAUGAGGCACGGGCAAGGAGGAAAGGUUUCCGAAAGGUGGUGGAAAAACAAAGUGAGGAUGAGGAGGGAGAAGGUAUUGCAAGAGAUCGCAGGCCCCGAGUAUUCACAACAGAAGAGGAUGAAUAUGAUGAUCUGCGGCACAGCUUUAAUGAAUCAGAGCUGAGGAAUUUUAAAGCAAGAAUCAGCAGGACACGAAUGAGAAACUCAAAAUUUUACAAUUCUCAGUUAUAUCAGCAGUACAACGAGGUGGUCCAAAACAGGGAGAUCCUGCAUCAGUCACAUUCUGAUGCCAGCUCUGUAUUUCAGGAAAUUGUGACUGUUCCACAGUCUUCCUCUCCUUGUCCCUCACCUCCUCCAGCUCGCCGGCCCCUCCCGCCUCUUCCAUCUAUGCUCCACCCUCACUCUCUGUCUCAUACUAACUCCAGCAGGCCUCUAGCCAUUCCCCAACACACUGUUACUAGGCCGCUGUCCCCUCGCCUGUCCAGAUCUUCUUCUUUGCUGUGGCAGGAGCUGCCCGGAGUGAGCAACAACCCUGAGCUGCAGAACCUCAGCGAGGACGAGAGACGCCUGCAGGAGGUGAGAUUUGAGGUGGUGACAUCAGAGGCAUCUUACUGUAGCAGUCUGGACAUUGUUGUGGAGCAUUUUGUCAAGUCCAAACAGCUGAACUCCCUCUUGGCUACCCAGGACAAAAACUGGCUAUUUUCCAGACUCGGCGAUGUAAGAGCCAUCAGUAACAGUUUUUUCUCUCAACUGGAGGAGAGAGUUGAAAGUGAUGUUAUGCACUUUACUGUCUGUGACAUCAUCAUCAAACACUGUCCACGAUUUCGAGCGGUGUAUGUACCCUACCUCACCAACCAGUCAUACCAAGACAAGACCUAUCAAAGAUUAAUGAAUGAGAAUGCUGGAUUUCGAAACAUAGUGGAAAAGUUGGAGCACAGCCCCAAGUGCCAGAGGCUUCCUCUCCGCUCCUUCCUGAUCCUCCCGUUCCAGAGAAUCACACGACUUAAACUGCUAGUACAGAACAUUGUAAAGAGGACAGCUCCGAAGACAAAGGACGAGGCACAGGCUAUCAAAGCCAUGAAAUUACUGGAGAAAAUGAUUCAGGAGAGUAAUGACAGUAUAACACAGAUGAAGAGCAUUGAAUCACUUGUGUCUCUCAAUGCAAAAGUGGACUUUGAGUGUAAGACUCUGCCAUUGAUCAGUCAGUCACGCAGGCUGGUGAGAGAGGGCCUGGUCACAGAGUUGAGGGAUUUCUCUCUGAAGGAAACUGAGAGGAGUGUCUAUAUCCAUCUCUUCAACGACUACCUGCUUCUCUCACUGCCAAAAGAAGGUGGCCGGUUUACAGUGAUAGACCACACUCCAGUGUCAGAGCUACGAGCAGAAAACUGUAGAGUGAAGCUUCACUCUCUACAGAAGAACCUCUUCCGUCUGCACAUGGGCCACAAAGUGGCACUGCUGCUACGCACAGAGACACAGGCUGAUAAACUACGCUGGAUUUCUGCAAUCUCUCGUCCUCAUCCUGAAAUCGACUUCGGUGCUGCGCAGGACAUUCCACAGAUGCAGUGCAUCAGAGCCUUUGUCGCCCAGCAGCCUGAUGAGCUCAGCUUAGAAAAGGCGGAUGUUCUGUUGGUUCACCAGCAGAGCAGUGACGGCUGGGUGGAGGGAACUCGUUUGUCAGACAGACAUCGCGGAUGGGCCCCCGAGUCUCAUCUGGAAACAAUACACAGUGAAAAAGCUCGACAGCGCAACCUGGUGGACACACUGAAGAUUACAGCUGCAACAGCCACAGUGUGAAGCAUCUGCAGACCGCACACUAAUACUGUACUUGUGCUUGUCUCAGCUCAGAGUCAAGAGUCAAGAAUCUACAGAAGAGUCAUGAUAACCCCAUCUAAAAUCAUGCAAGCAGCUUGCAGUGCGCUUGAAUGGUGCAUAAUGUUUCUCUUGGGAUCCUUCUAAGCUUUAUGCUAUUCAGAAAUCAAUGGAAUGUAACCCUGCAUAUGACCUAUUUUAUGGAUUUGGACUAUUUUCCUUGGGAACAGCUAUAAAUACAUGCAAGAACCACAAGAGGUUCAUGGUUAAUGGUUGACUGCCUCCUUUUUAAGAGGAUUAUAUAGAUUUUAUGCAUUACACAUAGUUCUGUGCCUCAGUAGUAGAGCAGAACAGUAAUUAAAGUUGACACAGCACAAAUGUGUCUGUGGUGACCACUAUGAAAAGGACAUGGAUUGUAGUUUUAUCUGUUUUACUUGUACAAAACGUUUUUAUACUGGUGAGGUAUUUAGGGAGAUAUAUUCAUGCCUUGUGUUCAUGUGUUCAACUGGAGCAAAAAUAUUAGCACAACAUCCUCCUUAUGCUGAGACAGACAGCAGUGAUAUGCCAUAAAAAUAAAACAGCUGCUAUAUCUCAAAA